CAAAAGUCGUCAUAAACAAUGAAUAAAACAUCAAAAAGUACCCAAAUGAAAUGUUUUCCCCGCCCCAUUGGUUGGACGUAGCCAAUGAAGGACGAAUGGUUCGCAAGAGAAAAAGAAAAAAUGGCCGCCUGGCUGCAAGAGGAUUACAUGUAUUGAGUAAGUUGUAACUCUUUCUGACCUUUCUUGCCCCCACAAUGUCACAGCAGCACGUGCUCCCCCAGAGCAAGGAAACCCUCCUUCAGUCUUACAACAAGAGGCUGAAAGAUGACAUCAAGUCUGUCAUGGAUAACUUCACAGAGAUAAUCAAAACGGCAAAGAUUGAGGAAGAAACUCAAGUUUCUCGGGCAACCCAAGGCAAGCAGGACAACUAUGAGAUGCAUGUCAGAGCUGCAAAUAUUGUUCGGGCUGGCGAGUCUCUUAUGAAGCUUGUCUCUGACCUAAAACAGUUCCUGAUCCUCAAUGACUUCCCUUCCGUCAACGAAGCCAUCAAGCAGCGGAACCAGCAGUUGCGCAGCCUUCAGGAGGAAUGCGACAAGAAGCUGAUUGCCCUGCGUGAUGAGAUCUCCAUAGACCUCUAUGAGCUGGAGGAAGAAUAUUACUCUUCCAGGUACAAAUGAAGCCAUGGACGGUUCCCCUGUAGUAACCACAACAAUUUCCUGUUUCUGACAUGGGGGGGGGGCGGCGGCAGGUUGUGUGUGAAAACAACAACAACUGUCCUUGUUUUAAAAAGCAUCCCUAAAUUCUCAGCAUCCCAAAGAAUCCUGGCCCCAAAGCGGUUUUAUUGAGUACUUUAUGUAUGGCGUGAGAGGUGGCUGUUUUGGAGGGCAAGUGCACCAUGUCACUAGGACUUUUUGCAUGGAGAUGUGGAGAUCUGCCCCCUCAUCAACACUGUGAUCUUGUCACCUAAAUGACUUGCAAACAGGAAUCAGGAUCUUGAUUAAAUUGCAAUCCUAA